AUGUCCGACACGGUUGACCUUUGUCAACUAACCGAGGGAGUUCUCAUCCCCUGCAUGAGUCCGGAGACCUGGCAAGAACUGAAGGUCUAUCCACUGCUACCUGACGAUGUUAUUCUCUCCAGUUACCCGAGAUCCGGCACGACAUGGAUGCAGCAUAUACUGAGACUUCUGCGCAACGGAGGGAAAGACGACGGGGUAAACUUGGACGACGCUGUUCCGUGGCUGGAAGCUCUCAAGGCGGCACACGGCAAAAGUAUUGAAAUUGAACCCAAAUGAGGCAGACAUACUGCCAUCUCCGAGAACGCUGAAAGUGCACCUACCCUACCAGCUUACUCCAGGAGGGCUGCCUCACACGACCAACAUCAAGUAUUAUUUUAUCGCCCGCAAUAUCGAAAUUCCAGAAAGACGCAACACUUCCUUGGGAAGAGUUUUUUUGCUGAUUUUCUAGAAGCAAAAGCGAUAACCGGCAUGUACGGAGGUUGGCUGAGUCACGUUCUAGGAUGGUGGGCACACCGAGAUGAGCCAAACAUAUUGUUCCUCAAGUACGAAGACCUCAAGAAAGAUCCACAUAAGACUGUAAAGGCCAUAGGCGAUUUCAUAGGUGUUGAGCCUCUCACAGAAGAGCUUGUGAAAACCGUUGUGGAAAAUUCCUCAUUCCAGAGUAUGUCAACAAAUGCAACAAUAAACCACAGAAAGAAAGAAGGAGCAGAAAUUUCUAUUACAUUUCUCAGGAAGGGGAUCAUUGGUGACUGGAAACACCACUACACUGCUGAACAAAACCACAAUUUGAACAGAAGGUUGGAGAAGUUUUGAAAGAAAACAAUCUAGAG